GACAUGUUUACAAACUUUUCUAAUUAUCUUUACCUUCGAAGUGGGAGGAUUUGCACUAUUUGCAGUUCUUUAUGCAGAGUAUCUAACAUAACUAAUUCUUUAGUUUGUAGUUGUUGAAAAAUUCCUUUUGUUGUCUGGUAUAAUAAUUGUUGAACCUUACUAAAAAUAAGCUAGAAAAUGUCUACUGCAAUUCUUAUAGCCGAUUGGUUUAUGCUGGGUAGAGAUAUAUACUACAGAAAAUUUGAAUUGUAUAACAUGAAUUGGUCAGCCGAGGUGAAUUUGGAGAACUAUACUGUAUCCUCAGCCCAAUGUGGAGGCCCUAUUGCCAUUAAGAGAGAUUCGAAAAAAAUUGUGAAGGAAAGUGGCCAACCUAUUAUUUCUAUAUUUUCUGGCUCUGGAAACAACAUUACUUCUUUCAAAUGGACUAGAAGGCCAAUUAUUAAAAUGGGAUGGUCAAACAAAGAAAAAUUUGUUUGCAUACAAGAUGAUGGAAUGAUUGUUAUUCAUGACAUGUUUGGGAAAUUCAUACAUACUUUUCUGAUCAACCAGAAAGUGCAAGAGUUGAAAGUUAUAGAUGCAGAGAUAUUCACAAGUCCUCAAAAUUGUACCGGAGUUGCUGUUUUAACCUCUAAUGAUAAAGUUUUCUUAGUGAAUAAUAUAAUAGAUCCCAAAUGUAGACAAUUGUCUGAACUUCCAAAAGGUUUGAAACCCAAUUGCUGGAUUGUGGUAGCUGAAGAGCCCCAAACAGAGGUUCUUAUGGCUUGUGGAAAAGAACUCUAUCGUCUUAAGCAAGAUGAGCAUCACACAAGUGUUAUGCUUGAACCAGAAAUUUCAAACGAGUUUCAUACAAUAUUGAAGAUGUCUGUAUCUUUCAAUGCUCGUCAUAUUGCAUUAUUUACUGAUUCAGGUCAUCUUUGGCUCGGAUCAUCUAAUUUCAGGAGUAAAUAUUGUGAGAUAGAUACCAAUCUAAUAUAUACCCCUAAGCAGUUAAUUUGGUGUGGCAAUGAAGCAGUUGUAGCUUACUGGGAAAGACAGAAUACAAUUUUAAUUGUUGGCAUAAAUGGUCAAAAAAUGUCAUUUAUUUAUGAUGGUUCUGUUCAUAUAGUACAAGAAAUUGACGGGGUCAGGAUAAUUUCCAAUAACACUCAUGAGUUACUUCAGAAGGUGCCCCAUGUUGUACAGAAAAUAUUUCGCAUUAAUAGUACCGAACCAGGAAGUUUCCUGCUCGAAGCCUCAAAACAGUUCCAGAAGCGCAGCCACAGAGCAAACGAGUACAUUUCUCUAGUGAAAAAGGAUUUACUUACUGCAGUUGAACAGUGCAUAGAUGCAGUAGGUUAUGAGUUUGACACUGAGAUCCAGAAGAGACUGGUGCGUGCAGCCCAGUUUGGUAAAUGCUUUAUACCUAACGCUAAUACUGAAAAAUAUGUCAAUAUGUGCAGAUUAUUGAGAGUGCUGAAUGAGGUCAGAAAUCCAAGGAUUGGGAUUCCAAUAACUAUGACCCAACUGACUUAUUUAACCAAUAAAGUGUUAUUAGAUAGAUUGAUUACCAGGAAGGAGUACUAUUUGGCAUUACAGAUUGCCAAAUAUCUUCGAAUGCCUGAUAGAGAGGGAAAAAAUCAUAUAUUAGUGCAUUGGGCAAAGUAUAAGGUGAAUCAAUCCCAAUUGGAAGAAGAAACUGUGGCUCGAGAAAUUGCUGAAAAGUUAGGUUAUACUCCUGGUAUAUCUUAUAGUGAAGUGGCUUAUGCAGCUGCUGAAUGUGGCAAGAAAAAAAUAGCUAUCAAACUCUUAGAUUACGAAUCAAAAGCCAGUGAUCAAAUUAAUUUACUGUUAGUAUUAGGAGAAACCUCUCCUGCUCUGGUUAAGGCCAUACAAAGUGGAGAUAUGGAUUUGGUUUAUACUGUUAUCUUGAAAUUGAGAGAUAAUAUGGCACUUGGAGAUUUCAAGAUGACUAUUCGUGGAUUUCCCAUUUCCCAAGCUCUGUAUAUUAAAUAUUGUAAGAAGCAUAACAUCCAAGCUUUGAAUGAAAUAUAUAUACAGGAAGAUGAUUUCACUUCCCAAGCUGAAAUGUUCAUUUUACAAAGCAUGGAUGACGAGAAAUCUCAUAUGAAGGAUUCCUUCCUGUCUUCAGCUGCUGAGGCCUAUAGGAAAGGAAGAAAAGACCUUUAUGCCUCUAUGUGUGAUGAAUCAUUAAGACUUGUUCGCUAUCAAAGGGAAAUUGAAGAUACCCUUAAUGCUAGAAAUGAAUUUCAAGGAAAAUCUGUACAUGACACUUUCAAGCUGUUGCUUGAAAAGAAGGAGUAUAAGCUUGCAGAGAAGCUGAAGAAUGACUUCAAGAUGUCGGAUCGUAGAUAUUUCUGGUUAAAAAUUGAACAUCUGGCCGAAAUCAAUGACUGGAUUGAAUUGGAAAAGUUCUCGAAGAUGAAAAAAGGAAAUUUGAGCUUUGCUGCAUAUGUUGAUGUGUGUCUACAGUAUAAUAACAGGAAUGAGGCUCUUAAGUAUUUGCCAAAAGUGAGCGAUUCUGUUAAGGUCAAGUAUUAUACUAAGGCAGGUUGCCUAGAAGAAGCUGCAAAAAUUGCUUAUACUCAAAAGGAUGUUCAGGGUCUCCAAUAUGUCCAAAGUAAAUGUGUGAGCCAACCUACCCUCUAUGAAAAAAUAAAUGGAAUGAUAACCCAGCUUGAUUUAAGAAGAUAGAUUUAUGUAUUCUUUUUAUAUUCUGUGAUAUAUCAAAGUAAAUUAUAUUAAGAAAUAAAUGAACUAUAUAUA